AUGCGUUUGCUCCACACAACAAAGCUUCGACUGCAAGAAUUUCCAGGCGGCGACGUUCCUCGAUACGCGAUCCUCUCGCACAUGUGGGGCGAAGGAGAGAUAACCUACCAAGAUAUCAAAGAGCACACAUUCGCCCAGAUGAACGCCUUCCCAAAGCUUCAAGGCUGUUGCAAAAGAGCAGCCGAGGACGGUUAUGAAUGGGUGUGGAUUGACACUUGUUGCAUCGAUAAAACCAGCUCGGCAGAACUCAGCGAGGCUAUCAACUCGAUGUACCAGUGGUAUCGAGACUCUGAUGUCUGCUAUGCUUAUUUGGAAGACAUCGCAUCCAUUUCAAAGCUGAGCGCAAGUAGAUGGUUUACUCGCGGCUGGACUCUGCAAGAGUUCAUUGCACCUCGUCGUCUUCUAGUCUUUGACUUUCAGUGGAGGGAACUCGGUUCAAAGAACACAUUGGUAGAUCAAAUCUUUCACGCCACAGGUAUUCCAAAGGAGAUUAUUAGUGGCAUGUCACCACUUCAAUGCAAUGUUGCUCAACGAAUGUCUUGGGCCUCAUCACGACAAACUACUCGAGAAGAAGAUAUGGCAUACUGCCUAAUGGGACUCUUCGAUGUUCACAUGCCACCCAUAUACGGAGAAGGAGCGGAAAAGGCGUUUAUUCGACUCGAAGAAGAAAUUCUCAAACGGAGUUCAGAUCAAACUUUAUUUCUGUGGACAUCAGCUCACGACCCAUACAAUCAGGGCUUGCUAGCAACUUCGCCUAGAGCGUUCUGCACUCACUAUAAUUGCUUCCAUUGGAUGGUAGAUGCUAUGCGCAUACCACAUUCUGCUAUGAAGAAGCUGAUCUGGUCAAUGGCUGGGGAUACCUUCCAGAUAGACUUGGAACCAUGCGGCGGCGAUUAUGGACAGAAUCACAAUCUGGACCUGUGCUGUUUCCUUCGUUAG